AGCAACAAUAACAACAUCAGCAACAUUAGCAACAUCAGCAGCAGCAGCAACAAUAACAACAGCACCCACAAAAGAUGCAAUCGAUACGUCGUUUGGUUCUGUUUGGACUUUUGGCCGUGCUGAGCGUCUGCGCCUUUGCCAAGCCCCAUGGCUGGAGCAGCAGCGGUGGCGGCGGCAGCGGCUGGUCAUCGGGAGGCGGCUCCUCCGGCUGGUCUAGUGGCGGCGGCGGCGGCUGGAAAAACGGAGGCGGUGGCGGUGGCAGUGGCUGGUCAUCGGGUGGCAGCUCCUCUGCCUGGCCCAGCAAAAUAAGCAUCAGCGCUUGGCCUUCCAGCGGCGGCGGAGGCAGCGGUGGUGGUUGGUCCUCGGGCGGUAGCGGAUGGAAGAGUGGCGCCGGUGGCGGCGGUGGCAGCGGUUGGCCCAGCGGCGGCAGCAGCAGCUCUGCCUGGAAAGUGAGCUCCGGCGGCGGCGGCGGCGGCCUGGGCACUAGCUGGUCCAGCGCAUUGUCAAGCCUUUCCGGCUGGAAAUCUCAAGCAUUGUCGAGUCUGAGCAGCGGCUGGAAAUCAGGCGGCGGCGGCAGUGGUGGCGGCUGGAAGUCAGGCGGCGGCGGCGGGACAAAACUAUCAACGGAAAUAUCAGCAGCAACUAUGGCCUUCUACUAA